CUUGUGUACGCGCUGCGGGGUUUUGAGCUCAAAAUCGUAUCGAACAACUUUCCUAAAGGUUGGCUGGCUUGUGGCGCUUUCUCGCCACUCACCAACUAUUUGUGUAGUGUUUUGGUGGUUGGGUGCGACGUCAUCAUUCUAAGUGUACGCUUUGGCAUGUCGCGGUGAAAGUUAAUAGUAAACAAUUAUUUUUGUCGCUGUUCGUAAUUAAAAACGAAAUAAAUGACGUUUACGGGAGACUUUACUCGCGCCUGCGCAGUUGCCAAGCCGCCAACAACAAUGUCGGCGCUACAAGCGAACCAGCAACGCAUUAAAUGUGGCGAAGUCUUCAUUUGGGAUUGUGUCGGUGAACUCUUUGCCAUCGAAUGUUUGCUCUGCGAGGAGCAUCCACUUUGCACGCUGUCCGAAUUCGCUGAACACAUGGAUAUUUGGCAUUACGACUGGACGGCUGAGGCGCACGCUUCAUUGCCCGAUACAACAACUACAGCGGAUGGCUGUGAGUUGUUACCCAAGCAAUGGACGGAGAUCGAAAGCUCAGCAGCGGCCGAAGAGCCCCACACUGACAUGCUGAGCGAAAGCAACAACUUUGAAGACAACUACAGCGACUCGGAAACCGUAUCAAUGGCGUCUGAUGCGCCGGAAACUGGGUCAUGGCAUGCAGCCACGCUGCUCGAAAGUGACCACAACGUAGCAAUUGUGCAGAAUGUCACCGCUGUAAGUUCAACUGAAACCUUUGAAGAGCUACCUUACGGCGCAGAGGUUGGAGUGUGGGGCAAUGUGAAUGAUCUGCGCAGCGGAGAGGUGUAUGCAGAACGAGCGCAGAGUAGCGAAACUGAAGAACUGGCAGCGGACAGCGCGCACGCAAACACAAUGGGUACUAUUGUGAAGAAACGGGUUGAGAAUCCACUACUGAAACGCUUCAAAACCGAGAAAUUAAUAGAAAUUUAUGAAAAAUUUCCCGAACUCUGGCAUAAAGACGAACGCAGUAGCCAAAAAUCCGACACACAAGCGAAGGCAUAUCGCAGCAUUAGCCAGAAACUAAAAAAAGUUGGUAUACACCUUAAAACGGCGGCUGUACAGCGGCGACUUAAUACGCUACGCAAGCGUUAUCGCCUCGAGAAACUGGAGGAACUUAAAGCUCUUUUGAAGGGUCAAAUAUAUGAAAGCAGCUUCGAGUACUAUGCGCAUUUACAAUUCUUGAGGGAGCACAUCGAGCCGCAGUUGUGCAAGAUUUGCAAGCGGAUAUGUAAAGAUGCAAAGGAAUGUUGUGAGGGCGCAGAAGAAACGAGGGCAGAGAAGUUGCCAAUAAGCAAUGAAACAGCAGAAAGCGGAGAUGUGGUUGCUGAAGGAAGGGAAGGAAAUGAGGUACUGUGCGUUGUCAGAGAGCCAAUACAAGCAGACGAGGAAAGCAUUAAAGAAAGCACCGAAGAAAGCAACGAAGAAAACAGCGAAGGAAGCGACGAAGAAAAUCCUGAAGAAAUCAACGAAGAAAAUUCUGAAGAAAGAAACGAGGAAAACGACGAGCUACAAAAUUCUGUUAACGAAAUGACGCUUCAGCUAAGCAAAUCUGCAGCGGAACAGUUCGAGGUUAUGGUCGAAGAAAUAUUGAAAAGUGAGUACGCAAUGCAGGAGGCGAAUUUAGAAACAAGUGAGUUGGAGAUCGAAAGUAAUGAAUUCGAACCAGUUGAUACCACACUACAAGAAGUUAUGACGGCCAUUGAACAGACGAAUGGGAACCCAAAAGGGCCUAUGUGGCAGGAGAACUUUGAAAUAAACGGAAAUCCGAAUGUAAGCGUAAAGGAGUCAAUGGAACUGGUGUCAGUUGUAGACACCACGAACAAGCUACACGAAGCUACCACGCUCGUAGAACAAGCGAACGGGAGCCUAGAAGAGUCUAUGCUGCAAGAGAACCUCAAAGUAGACAGAAAUCAGAAUGUAAACGUAAAGGAGUCAAGGCUACCGCGACGCUCUUUGCGGAAUAGGAAUAAGAUACAAAUUUUGGAGGUGAUAGAGCUUCCGAGAAUGCAACCUUUCAAGGCACAAGAGCACGCAAUUAGCACAUCGACGCCACAUGACCAACAAGCCGUAGGAAUAAACGAUUGCAGCAAUGCUGACGAGCACAUGGCAUCUGAGGAGUAUGAUUCUUCGAAUGGUGAUUCGGGUAUACUGCGCGAUUACGAUGAACAACCCGAUGCCGAGACAAACCACGCCGACGAGACUGGGUCUUUUGCGCGCCUCACAGCUGAGCAAACGCACAAAUUGAUUGAAUUCUACGGUCAAAAUCCGCUGCUUUGGGACCCCGACCAUGCAGACUUUAGAGCGCGCGCGCGGCGACGUAAUGUUUGGCGUCAAAUAACGGCACAGUUGAAUGCGCAAUUCCAAAAGCGCUACACUUGGACGAAGGUGCACCGCAAAAUGCACGACUACAUCAAGUAUUAUCGGCGUGAGCGACAGCGCAUCGAGCUGGAGGGCGGCUGUACGCGUUGGUGCUUUUAUGAUGACUUUGCUUUUCUCAACGAAGUGCUCGCUGAGCAGAGCAGCGAUGCGCCAAAGCUGCUGCUGAACAAGCAACAAAACUUGAAAAUUAUCGAGGUGUACGCCGCGCACCCGCAACUGUGGGAUACCAAUCAUGCACUCUACAAGCGGCGACGUCUGCGUCAGAGCAUUUUCAAGGCGAUAAGCGAUCAAUUGCGCGACGCGCACAACAUAAAUAUAACAGCGCUUAAGCUGAAACAACGCAUUGUGGAGUUUCGCUGCACCUAUCGUAUGGAGAAGGAGCGACGCUGUGCCACCGAGCAGCGAGGUGGAACUUAUGAGCCCUGUUAUGAAUACUAUCAGCUACUAAGCUUUCUGGACGCGCAUAUAGCGCCGUUCCAAUGCGCGGAGUGCAGCGCACAAUUUAAGAAACACACCGAAAUUGAACGUCACAUGCGGCAAGCGCAUAGCAAAAAUAAAAAGAAAACCAUUGUCAAGCAGCGCGCCAAGCCGAUCGCCCACGAAGCGAAAUCCGUCACGCUAGAAAAUGUCUGCCACAUUUGCGGCAUAAGCUUCACGCUGAGCCGCAACCUCAUGUGUCACCUAAAGCGUCACACAAAUCAGCGCGAAUACCAGUGCGCCCACUGCCCGAAGAAGUUCUUUGACGGCGCCACCAUGCGCGUGCACGAACGCUCACACACCAAAAGUCGCCCCUAUGUCUGCGACCAGUGCGGCGCCAGCUACGCGACAGGCAGUAAGCUGAACCAGCACUUGAAGCGUCAUAGCGGUCAACGCGACUUUACGUGUGAACUGUGCGACAAGGCCUUCUACACAGCUUUCGAAUGCGAGCGUCAUAUGCGCACACACAUGAACAUACGCGAAAAGGUGUGCCCCAUCUGCGGCAGGGACUUCGGCGUCGGCUCGGGCUACUAUGCGCACAUGCUAUUGCAUACGGGCGUCAAGCGAUACAAGUGCAAAAUGUGUGGCAAGCAAUUCGCGCAGUUCGCAGGGCUCUAUAAGCAUCGGAAACGCUAUCACCCGAAGGAAUUUGCGUUGGAGCGCGCGAAAAAGAGCGGACGCGUCGCAAAGGACGUGGCGGAGAAAUAACUGCAUAUAUUCAGUUCAUGAAGGAGAGAUUUAAAGCAUUUACAACAACAAUGAUGACAGCAACAAUGAUGACAGCAACAAAAACGAAGUUAAGUGUAAACCGUUCUCAAGACAGUGGAACGUAACCUGAAUGGGCCCGGCUUUUUAUUCAGCCAAGGACCGUCAACUCGCCAGAAUUCUGCCGCUAUAACAAAAAACAACAAAAAACAACAACAACAACAACGAAUUCGACUUCGUGGGACUUUUUGAAAGAACAAGACUUAGGGCUCCCUCACGCCCACCUUGUUCACACGCGAAAUUGUCAGCACUAUUCACGCGCGCUCUAGUUAAGCGCCUUUACAGUUAUAGCGCUAUAUAUAGAACAUGAUUUUUCAACGAUUAUUUGCUCCAGUUAGAAUUUAGGCAAUCAAGAGUUAAAACAGUGAGUUCGCCAAAAUCUCUAAGCUACUUUACACUACCUUAUAGUAAAAUAACGGUAUAGAAAAGUUUAAACAAACACUCACCAAUCAAAAACCAGUUACUUUUAGAAUAAUGCUAGCGGCUUACUUAGUGCAAUUUGUUAAUUUUGAAAUGCCAUACUAUGCGGCAGGCGUUUACUUUGUAGAAACUAUGAAAAAAAAAUUGUGUUUCAGUAAAAGUUGCAAGCAAAUACCGUCUUAUAGCUCACCAUAUGCCAGAGCUUAGCUGCUGGUGCUUGGUUAGUGCCAAUUGACCGCUUUGGCUGCGGUUUUACAUGCGGCCAAUUACCGCCUGCACAACAACAUACAACAAAAACUAUAUGUUUUA